CCCUGAGCUCGCACAUCAACAGCUCGGAGAUCAGUCAAUAACCGACGGCCACCGGGCAGAGGUCAGAACCCGCGGAGACACCGGCGACACCGGCUGCUGUUUCUGCUGUCAACAGAGCAGUCCUGAGGGGCCAAACAUCCAUGCGCGGAAAACUGCAGACUCAUGAUCGCGAGAAGAAUCACAGGUGAUCUCUGAGACACACACACACACUCAGUCACACACGCACACCGACACCGUCACGCACACCGACACCGGCUCUCCUCAGACCGCGGCCGCGCGCGCAGCACCAUGGGCCGCUACAGCGGGAAGACCUGCCGCCUCAUCCUGAUGCUCGUCAUCACCGUCAUCUUCUUCGUGGCGGAGAUCGUGGCGGGCUACAUGGGCAACUCGGUGGCGCUGGUGUCGGACUCCUUCAACAUGCUGUCGGACAUCCUGUCGCUGUGCGUCGGGCUGACGGCGGCGCGGGUGUCGCGGCGCGCGGGCUCCGGGCGCUUCUCCUUCGGGUUGGGCCGGGCGGAGGUGGUGGGAGCGCUGGCCAACGCGGUGUUCCUGAUCGCGCUCUGCUUCUCCAUCAGCAUGGAGUCCCUGAAGAGGCUCGCGAUGCCGCAGGCGAUAGACGACGCGCCGCUGGUGCUGAUCGUGGGCUCGCUCGGGCUGGCGGUGAACUUGGUCGGGCUGGUGAUCUUCCAGGACUGCGGGCGGCUGUGCGGGCGGCGGGGGAAGGAGAAGAAGCGGGAGGAGCACCGGGAGGACCGGGAGCAGGAGCUGGAGCAGGUGGAAACAGGCCUGCAGGAGGAGAAGACUGAGAAAGAUGGAGCGCCGCUCAACAUCAGGGGUGUGCUCCUGCAUGUGCUGAAUGAUGCUCUGGGCUCAGUGGUGGUGGUCGUGGCCUCAGCUCUGUUCUAUGUGUGGCCCCUGGAGCCCGAGCAGCCCUGUAACUGGCAGUGUUAUGUGGACCCCAGCCUGACGCUGGUGAUGGUCAUCAUCAUCCUGUCCUCCGCCGCACCGCUGCUCAAAGAAACCACCACCAUCCUGCUGCAGAUGAGCCCCGAGGACCUGCCCGUCAGCGCCAUACUGGAGAGUGUGUGUCGGCUGCCGGGCGUCUCCAGUGUGCACGAGGCUCAUGUGUGGGAGCUGGCGAAGGGCAGGAACGUGGCGUCUCUGCAUGUAAAGCUGCAGGCUCCGGCAGGUGCGCUGUGGGCUCAGGUGUCUCUGCAGCAGCAGAUCACGCAGAUCUUCCACCGCGCCGGCGUGCACAGCCUCACGCUGCAGCUGGAGCUGGCCGACUCAGAUGCAGACUCCUCCUGCAGCGCCCCCUGCCUGUCCUCCUCCUGCCAGAAGCUGUCCUGCUGCCCCGCCGGCCCCGUGUGUGUGUGUGCGCCGCCCAGAGACAGCAGCACGGAGAAACACACACCUGAGGCCUGCACACACAGCUCCAAACUCUAGAGCAGGACUCUCCUCAUUCCUCCUGCAGUGUGUGUGUGUGUGUGUAUGGAGCAGCAGAUCUCCUGCGCACCACAGCAUCUGCAGAUUAUUUAUUACACUAAUGCAGGACACACACAACAAACACACACACACAACCCUCAAAUACAGGACCUGCUUCAAGACAAUCGAGCUGAUCUCUGCUGAUCGUGUGUGUGUGUGUGUCUCUAUAAUGACGCUUCUAGUGCCUUAAUGUCCAUGUAUAACCGCUCACACUACUGAGAUAUGCAAUGAUGUUCAAUACUCCAUGUCUUCUGUCUGACAUGACACUCGUCUCUCUCUGUGUGUGUGUGUGUGUGUGUGUGUGUGUGUGUGUGUUGAUUUGCAGUGAAUAUAUGCAGCAGAAGCUCAUUAUUAUCAUUAUCCUGUAAAUCUUCCAGAUUUAAUCAGUCGUCUUCAUUUCUGCUGAUUCCACAUAACAGUGUGUGUUACUCACAAUCACGAAGUCCUUCACUCUGUGUGUGUGUGUGUGUGUGUGUAACUCUACACACUGCUCUGUCUGUUCAUUAUUGUUUAUGAGUAAACUCAGCUGAAUGUCCACCACUGCUCCGACUGAUCCCUGAUCAGCUGCUCACAUCAGCAGUGCUGUGGAGACCCCAUCUUCAGGAGGACGAGCACUGCAGAUACACACACACACUCCUGCAGGUCAGUCGUUGGUGCGUGUCCUCCAGAUCGUGCGGUGUCGCAUCAGUAAACAGAUCAGAGCAGCCAAUUAAAGAUGGAGGAGCUGCAGGUGUCAGUGUUUCCAUGCAGAGUCACACCAACACAACACACACCAUUACAGCUUCCUGGAAAACACCUGAGAGACACAGAUCUGAUGACACACACACACACACACACACACACACUCGAGAAGCAGGAGGAGGAGCUCCAACACAACAGCCAAUCACAGUGCAGCACUCCGCACACAUCACUGAAUAUUAAAUGAGCAGAGAUAAAAA